AUGAGAUUGCUGGGUCGGUCAAAAUUGAAGCUGACCAUCUUGCUGUUUCUUAUUACAAUCUCGUUGCUUCUUGGUCGUCUCACCAUUUCUGGUCUGGCUUCCUAUCAGGAUUACAUUGGACGACAAAAGCAUAAUAACCGUCUACCCAGCAUCAAAUUGUUCGACAUUCCAUAUGAAGCAAUCAAGCAGAACCAACCAAGCGACUAUGACAUCGAGACAUUUUCUCGUGUUAGGCCGAACGCCACCAACGCUGAUAUCGUCGAAUCUCUCGACAUCGUCACAAAGCAGAUUGCCAACAAGAAUAUUAAAACAAAAAAGACUACGUCAAAUGGCGGAGUUAUUGCGAACAAUACCGUCACUUUGGUUGUUAGUCGAAAAGGGAUAAAAGAGCAGCGUACUAUUUCUGUAAAUUCUACUUUUCAAUUCCGGAAUAAAUCUAAAGCAUCUCAAGAGAAAAUGAACGUGUUGGCGGCAACACCAACAAAUAACAAUGGCGUUCAAUAUGUUCACGUUGAUGUCGUUGAUAAUGUCAACAUCUCUCUCGGUUUUCGUUUUAAUGUGAGCAACGGCCAUGUUACCCAGGCUAAGACUGAUACGCUCAAGACGACGCCGAGUAUGACUGAAAACAAGAAAUCAUCCAGCCUCCCAGGUAGCCAAAGCGGUGUCGACAAACUAGACGAUGAAAUAACCAGUACGGUACCUUCAUCGUCAACAACCCCAGAACUCUUGAAUCCGCAUUCGUUCCAAUUCAUAAUGGAUGCCAAUGAUUUAUGCUCUCGCAAGGAGCCGCCUUUCCUCCUUAUUCUUGUAAUGAGUAUACAUGAUCACAUGGACGUCCGGAAUGCUAUACGACAAACCUGGGGUGCCGUGGCAAAAGGCGGGUCUUGGCCAGGCCGUACUGUGGAAGAAACUGUAAAACUUGCUUUUUUACUCGGACUCCACCAGUUCCCCGAACGAGAGAGCCUCCUGGUGACAGAAAACGAGAAAUACGGUGACAUAAUUCAGGAGAAUUUCGUUGAUUCUUAUUACAAUCUGUCCAUCAAGAUGGUGAUGGGCUUGAAGUGGGCAAGCCAGUAUUGCCCAGGCGUUCGCUUCAUUUUGAAAGCAGAUGAAGAUACGUUCGUUAACCUUCCACUACUUGUGGAUAUCCUGCGCCAACCGGAGACACCCAGGGAUACUAUAAUUGGCCGAAUCAUGCCAGAAUCUAAAGUUUAUCGCGUAGGGAAAUGGAGCGUCGAUAAAAAGGCCUACGCCGGAAAGGUUUAUCCACCUUAUGCUGCAGGUAACACUUAUGUAAUACCCGGUUCCUUGGCUCGCAAGUUGUACAAGGCAUCCGAACGUCACCUUUACAUCCACGUGGAAGACGCCUUUAUCACUGGUCUGUUGGCUCAAGCCAUUGGUGCUUCACAUUUAGACAUGCCCGGUUUUACCUGUCAAGCUGAUUCUCCUCCGCAAACUUGUGACUUUGAUACACACAAAAACACACACAUUCUAUCUAUCUAUCUAUCUAUCUAUCUAUCUAUCUAUCUAUCUAUCUGCCCUCUCUUUCUCUCUCACGUAUGCGAGUCAAAUUAUCUCUCCAGAAUCUAUCUUACAUAUCUAUGA